AAUUCAUUUGAUUUAUAUUUUUAGUCAAAAUGAAGAUCGCUGCCUUCAAUGUGAAGAGACUGGGAAGGACUAAAGUCAACAAAAAGGACGUACGGGAAAUUAUCAUUAAGAUUGUGUCUCAGUACAGCGUGGUGCUGCUGGAGGAGGUGAUGGAUGUGAGUGGUGUGGCCAUGGAGACUUUCCUCACACAUCUUAAUGACUAUGGAGAUAACAAAAGUAAUCCGUACGACAUGCUGUGCAGUGAAUCUCUGGGACCAAAUCGUUACAAGGAGAAGUUUGUCUACUUCUACAGAGAGAAGGAAGUGCAGAUAUUAGAGGCCUGCCAGUACGUAGACAAUGAUGAACAUGUGAUCCACAGACAGCCUCUCGUUGUCCUUCUCAAAUGUCCAAACACAGGUAUGUGUGUGUGUGUGUUUUUUAGACUUUCAUUGUGAGGAUCAAUUUGGGUUUUGUGUGUUGUGCGGGCCUUUAUGGAUUAUGAGGACAUUUUGGCCUGUUCUUUAUAUUUGGUACAGACCUUCAAUGAAUGCUAAAGCACUUCUUUAGUUAACAUAGGGGUUAAAGGUUGGGCAAACAUGUUUUGUUUAUGUAGGUCCUCACAGAUGUGUUUAUGUGUGUUUGCAUAUGUCUUGCACGGCUAUCAUUGUGAGGACCACUUGGAGUUUUAGGUCGCAUUCACACCAGCCUUAUUUAGUCCGGUGGAAUCGAACCCUGGUGCGUUUAGCCGCUUGGUGCGGUUUGUUUGGGUCGCAGUCUGAGGCCUCUGAAGUGAACUAAACCACCUAAAAGAAGUGGUCUCGGACCGCUUGCUAGUGAACUCUUGAGCGGUUAAUCUCUGGUGUGAACGCAGUCCGCACCAAAACAUAGGAGCGUAGUAUUUACGAGUCACAAGAACGCGGAUGUCUUCAAAAUCUUUAGCGAAAGAGUGAAGCUGAACGAAGUGUUGAACAGUGUCGUGUAAAAGUAAAAUUGCUCCGUCGACUAUACAUAAAAGUCAGAGCCACCUGUCGUCGGUGAAACCUCCUCCUGACUGCAGAACGUCUCUCAGUGUUAUGUUUUUUUAUCGCACGUUGUCUGAUUUGAACUGUCCGUUGCGAUUUUACCCCCUUAAUGUCUGACCAAUUGUUGAACAGCA